AUGUCAUCUCUUCUUAAGGUCGACCGCGAGCUGAAGACUAGGGUGGAAACAUUCAGGGAGCAGAUCAGCAGCCGAGCACCUGGUUGCCUGGUUGCCAGCUUUUUCCCUCAAAAGCUCCUAGAGUUUCUCAAGGAGCCAAUCCUCAACGUGACUGACCUGAAAGAAAUCCAUUCAGAGAUCAAGUUCAGAGUCCCGGAGCCAAUUAUCUUCACUAACAGCCAUGACGGCGUGGACACGAAUACCAAGAAGAGGAAACUAGAAGAUGGAGUCACUGAUGUAAGCUGGCAAGAGGGAACAAAAAUGCUGGUGAUGCCAGAGGGGAUGCUGAAAUGUAACACCAAGCUGGUGGACCUGAUUGAACGAGUCAAACCAGAGAUCAGGACACUGAUUGAGAAGUGUAACACAGUGAAGACGUGGGUCCAGCUGCUCAUCCCCAGAAUAGAAGAUCGGGACAACUUUGGAGUCUCCAUACAGGUCCGUCCUCACUGA